AGAUCGCGCUUCAGAGACGAAGCGAGAGCGUUCGUUGUGAGAGGAGCGGCGGGCGAGAUAAAGCUAAAACCACCACCGUGAGGGACUUUCCAGUCGGCGGAGCUUUCGAGAGGUACCUGACCGCGUUCCUGCAACCAUGUCGGGCAAAGCGCCUGCCAUAGGCAUCGACUUGGGCACCACGUACUCCUGCGUGGGGGUCUUCCAGCAUGGGAAGGUGGAGAUCAUCGCCAACGACCAAGGCAACCGCACCACGCCCAGCUAUGUGGCCUUCACGGACACCGAGCGCCUCAUUGGGGAUGCAGCCAAGAACCAGGUGGCCAUGAACCCCAACAACACCAUCUUCGACGCCAAGCGCCUCAUCGGCCGCAAAUUCGACGACCCCACCGUGCAGUCCGACAUGAAGCACUGGCCUUUCCGUGUGGUGAGCGAGGCAGGGAAGCCAAAGGUGCAGGUGGAGUACAAGGGGGAGCUAAAGACCUUCUUCCCUGAGGAGAUCUCUUCUAUGGUGCUGACCAAGAUGAAGGAGAUAGCUGAGGCUUACCUGGGGCGCAAGGUCCAGAGCGCUGUCAUCACGGUGCCUGCCUACUUCAACGACUCGCAGCGCCAAGCUACCAAGGACGCUGGCACCAUCACGGGGCUCAACGUGCUGCGUAUCAUCAAUGAGCCCACGGCAGCCGCUAUCGCCUACGGCUUGGAUAAGAAAGGCAGCGGCGCCGGCGAGAAGAACGUGCUGAUCUUUGACCUGGGAGGUGGCACUUUUGACGUCUCCAUCCUGACCAUCGAAGACGGCAUCUUUGAGGUGAAGUCUACCGCAGGCGAUACUCACCUGGGCGGGGAGGACUUUGACAACCGCAUGGUGAGCCACUUUGUGGAGGAGUUCAAGCGCAAGCACAAGCGGGACAUCGCUGGCAACAAGCGGGCAGUCCGGCGGCUGCGCACAGCCUGCGAGAGAGCCAAGCGCACCCUCAGCUCCUCCACCCAGGCUUCGAUUGAGAUUGACUCGUUGUUUGAUGGGAUUGACUUCUACACGUCCAUCACCCGUGCCCGCUUUGAGGAGCUCAAUGCCGAUCUUUUCCGUGGCACCCUUGAGCCUGUGGAGAAGGCCCUGCGUGAUGCCAAGCUCGACAAAGGGCAAAUCAAUGAGAUUGUGCUCGUCGGUGGCUCCACCCGCAUCCCCAAGAUCCAGAAGCUGCUGCAGGACUUCUUUAACGGCAAAGAACUCAACAAAAGCAUCAAUCCUGAUGAAGCUGUGGCCUAUGGCGCUGCUGUGCAGGCUGCUAUCCUGAUGGGGGACAAGUCCGAGAAUGUGCAGGACCUUCUGCUUCUUGAUGUGGCACCGCUGUCGCUGGGUAUCGAGACAGCUGGUGGUGUGAUGACCGCCUUGAUCAAACGCAACACAACUAUUCCCACCAAGCAGACCCAGACCUUCACCACCUAUUCAGACAACCAGAGCAGUGUGCUGGUGCAGGUGUAUGAGGGCGAGCGGGCCAUGACCAAGGACAAUAAUCUACUGGGCAAGUUUGACCUGACGGGUAUCCCGCCAGCCCCCCGCGGUGUUCCUCAAAUUGAGGUCACAUUUGACAUUGACGCAAACGGCAUCCUCAAUGUCACAGCGGUGGACAAGAGCACCGGCAAAGAGAACAAGAUCACAAUUACUAAUGACAAGGGCCGCCUCAGCAAAGACGACAUUGACCGUAUGGUCCAGGAAGCAGAGCGUUACAAGGCAGAGGAUGAGUCCAACCGGGAACGGGUGGUUUCCAAGAAUGCCCUAGAGUCCUAUGCGUACAACAUCAAGCAGACGGUGGAAGAUGACAAGCUGAAAGGCAAGAUUAGUGAGCAGGACAAGCAGAGGGUGCUUGAGAAGUGUCAGGAAGUGAUCAGCUGGCUCGACCGCAACCAGAUGGCUGAGAAGGAAGAAUUUGAGCACAAGCAGAAGGAGCUGGAGAAGCUUUGCAACCCCAUCAUUGCUAAACUGUACCAGGGUGCUGGAGGAGCUGCGGGGGCUCCAGGCGGUGGGCCCACCAUUGAAGAGGUAGACUAAACUACCAUAGACUGGACUAUAAGAGCAAUUGCCAUCUUCUGCUCUUCCCUUUUUCUUCAGUCAGUGCCAUUGCUGGAGGGAUUUUCCUGUGGGUGUGUAUGGGAGGAGGUUGUUAACUUGCUCUCUGCCAGGGGAAGAAAAGCCAGCUUAAAAGUUUGUUGCAGAUAAUGUUUGUCUUUGUAUUCAGAUAUCCAUGCUAGUCUGUAGAUUUCUGUUUCUUUAUGUUCACUGUUUUUUAAAGUAUCCACUUGAGCAUUACAAUUGAUGGAGAAACAUUUCAAGAGAGCAUGGAAAAUGUUAAAACAUAUCCCAAAGAAAGGUUUUACCUUUUUUUGUAACUAUUUGGUCUGGUUAUUUUAAAAUUUUGGUAAUAAAAAGUUACUUGAAGCUUAACAAUACCCUCCUUUUUCAUUUUAAAAGUAAAUGGUUUAUGGGAUAGAAGUGGUAGCAACUGUGGGUUUAACUUAAGUGCUCUGGUGGGGAAAAUAGUUAAGCACUUGCACUCCUGAAAUGAUUGUUGGGUUACAGGCAGAAGAUUUUAUCGGUGGUCUGGCUUAGUCUGUUACUACUUGGUACAACUUUGCCACUUUCCUUGAUUUAAAAAAAAACCCAGACAGAAAUGCAGUAGGUAAACCUUUCUAUCACUGUAUAUAUGUACUGGGACACGAUUUACAAGUCACUUCUCAGUAAUGCAGUUGUUAAAGGUACAGGAGCUGUUAGAAAAAGUGGCACCCAGUUAACUGCAGUUAAGUCUUGCUUUGAUUAUCUUUAAAACUAAAAAAUAUCACGGGGUUAAAGACUUUUGCACAAUUGCCAUCUGGUCUAAUGUCAUAAAACAUAGAUCCUUUCAACAGCUUAAGUGUUUUACUUCUGGCAGAGUCCAAAGCUAAUUGGUUUCAUACAUCAGGGAAACUAAAGAGCCUUAUUAAAAAGAAUACUUAAUAGAGGAGCUUUCCUUUAUAAUUAGCUUUACUAUGUAAUCAAACCAGCUCAGGAGCUGACAACAGCAUAAAAACAGUUUGCUAACAGGGUGGAGCCAGAUGCAAAUGCUUUCAUAAACUGGUUUUGGUAUCUUAUCUCUCUGAAGGGAUGAAACAAAUGGGGUCAGAACAGCAAAAAGAAAACCAAGCUGGGUAAUAUUAAUCGUAAUAACUAUUUUGGGGAGAUCCUAGUUUCUCAUGAAGUAAUAACUUCCCAACUGCUGGUGGUGACCCUUGUAAAAUAUUUAACGUUAACAGCUUGUAAUACUGCUUAGCUAGUGGAGCAGAAGAACUCUGUUGUGAGCUGAUCUUGUCCACAUAGGGUGAAAUCAAGGGCUGUAGCAAACUCGGGUUUAACUGAUGUUAUGGUAAAAUUGUCAAGGUCCUGCUGGGAUGGUUUAACAGGAAGAUUCCUGAAUGAAAGACUAGGUGGCUGAAUGUGGUUUCUAUAUCUGGAAUGGAAAAAAGGCCACUUC